AUGUCAUAUGUGAGAAACAGCAGCAAGGUGGCCAAAACUGUCCUUAGAUGUGGAAAGAAGAAGAUAUGGCUUGACCCCAAUGAGACCAAUGAAAUUGCCAAUUCUAAUUCCUGUCAGCAGAUCUGGAAGCUGAUUAAAGAUGGGCUGAUCAUCCGGAAACCCGUUACUGUGCACUCUCGUGCCAGAUGCCGGAAGAAUACUCUGGCUCGACAGAAGGGCAGGCACAUGGGCACUGGUAAGAGAAAGGGUACUGCCAAUGCUCAUAUGCCUGAGAAGGUGACCUGGAUGAGGCAAAUGAGGAUUCUGCACCGUCUGCUCCAAAGAUAUCGUGAAUCCAAAAAGAUUGACUGCCAUAUGUACCACAGCCUGUACUUGAAGGUGAAAGGAAAUGUGUUCAAGAAUAAGUGGAUCCUCAUGGACCACAUUCAUAAACUGAAGGCAGACAAGGCCUGGAAGAAGCUUUUGGCUGACCAGGCUGAAGCUUGCCAGUCCAAGACUAAGGAAGCACGAAAGCAUCAGGAAGAGCUUCUGCAGGCUAAGGAAGAGGAGAUCAUCAAGACUUUGUUCAAGGAGGAGGAGACUAAGAAAUGA